UACAACAGGCUAAUCCAGAUCCCUCAAACAACCAUUUAACAAAUCGAAGGCUUUCCGGCUACAUACCGUCUCAACAAUAAGUCCCAUGGAUAUGGUCUAAGUUACAAUCAAAAUCUCGAUAUUGAAACAAACAAAUCCAGCUAUUGUUCGCUCAGAUCUACUGAAAUAAACCCCAAAACCCCAGCAAAAUUAAUGAAAUGCGCCAUAUAACAAUAUCAACCAGAACAAACACUGAACAAGCUAUCAAAUCCUGCCCAAAAGCAAGCUAUGAGUUUCAGUCUCCUCCGACAUGACUGUGAAAGCAUCCCCUCGUAUCAUGUGAAGACACUUGAAAAAAUCACCUGGCAUCCCUGAUAAUCACCGUACACUGAUAUCACUCGCGGAAAAUAGCCCAUAACCAAUAUCUAUUCAACACAGAAACGUACACAUAAAAACCAUACAAAAUUAUCUAUUUCAGAUACGAAAACGAAUAUCCGAAAUUUGGAUUCCAAAAGCUGCAUACAAUACAUACAAAGCAAACAGGGAGCAUAAAUAUGAAAAUGCAACCUGGAGUUCGUUCAUUUGAACAUCGGAUUUUACAUCUGAGGGCUGGAAUUCCGAGUCAGUUAUUCAUAUUCCAGAAGGCGGCUGAAAUCGCAAUUCAAAGAUGUUUUGUUUCCUGGGUCAUUUGCUCCAACAAUAAUGCUGCAGGCAUACAUGUUCAUUCAUGUCAAGCUCUUGAGGCGCGGCUCCAUCAGGAAUCAACCGCAAGAAGCCACAGAAAUGCAAGGUGAGUCAUCGUCUGUAAAUGAACGAUCCCAACUUCUGGACAUUUGUCAGGUAAGACACAAUCUCCGCUACACCCAUUUGUGCGAACGCACACACGAUCGUUCCCCGUACGAGUCAAGGCCGUUUGGAGGAAGCCCACGCGCGCUAAUAGCUCUUCAAGCGGCCGGCCGCGCACUGAUAGACGAUAAGUUGUUUACACCAGCUGCGGUCAGUAGCCAGAUUCGGCAUUUGCGGCGGGAAAGAGUCAUUACCUUUCCUUUUAGUAUAUCUACAGGGACGAAAACAGGGUCAUAUCAACUCAUUCAAAAUAAACCUGUGUAGAAGUGUAUGUAGACAAAAGAAUAUAUUUAUUUGAAAAUAACA